ACACUGCCCAGAACUGGGUCAUGCGACUGACCUGGCUGCAGGGGCAGUGCCAUGUUAAGGAACAUGAUUAUCAUAAUUGACUUAGAUACCUUGAUUCAUUCUUGUCUCGGAGCUAAGCAAGAGAUCACUCUGAACAGAGUAAGAGAGAGCAAAUAGAUACUAAGACAGGUAGGUCUCAGUGCCUGCUGCGAAUCAACCAAGAGAAUCCUAGAAGCUACACACCAAUGAACUUGAUGCUGAUUCACAAUUAAGCAGAAGUAGACACAUGAUUUGGGAGUUACACUUUGUGACAUGGAUGAAUCUGCACUGACCCUUGGCACAAUAGAUGUUUCUUAUCUUCCGAAUUCCUCGGACUACAGCCUUGGUCGAUGCAAGCACGCCAGUGAGGAGUGGGGUGAAUAUGGUUUCAGACCUACCGUCUUCAGAUCUGCAACCUUAAAAUGGAAAGAAAGCCUGAUGAGCCGCAAGAGGCCGUUUGUCGGAAGAUGUUGCUAUUCCUGCACCCCCCAGAGCUGGGAAAAGUUUUUCAACCCCAGUAUCCCGUCUUUGGGUUUGCGGAAUGUUAUUUAUAUCAAUGAAACUCACACAAGGCACCGAGGAUGGCUGGCAAGACGGCUUUCCUAUGUUCUUUUUGUUCAAGAGCGAGAUGUCCACAACGGCAUGUUUGCCACCAACGUGAGCGAGAAUGUGCUGAACAGUACUAGAGUACAAGAAGCAAUUGCAGAAGUGGCUGCUGAAUUAAACCCUGACGGUUCUGCCCAGCAGCAAUCAAAAGCCGUCAAUAAGGUGAAAAAGAAGGCCAAAAAGAUUCUUCAAGAAAUGGUUGCCACUGUCUCGCCCGGGAUGAUCAGACUGACUGGGUGGGUGCUGCUAAAACUGUUCAACAGCUUCUUCUGGAACAUUCAGAUUCACAAGGGCCAGCUGGAGAUGGUGAAAGCUGCGACUGAGACGAAUUUGCCGCUUAUAUUUCUGCCGGUCCAUAGAUCCCAUAUUGACUAUCUGCUGCUCACUUUCAUCCUCUUCUGCCAUAACAUCAAAGCACCAUACAUUGCCUCGGGCAAUAAUCUCAACAUUCCAAUCUUCAGUACUUUGAUCCAUAAGCUCGGGGGUUUUUUCAUACGCCGGAGGCUAGAUGAAACACCAGACGGACGGAAAGAUAUCCUUUACAGAGCCCUGCUGCACGGGCAUAUAGUAGAACUACUCCGCCAGCAGCAGUUCCUGGAGAUUUUUCUGGAAGGCACACGCUCCCGGAGUGGAAAAACAUCCUGUGCUCGGGCAGGACUUCUGUCAGUUGUGGUUGACACUCUGUCUACCAAUACCAUCCCAGAUAUCCUGAUAAUCCCUGUGGGGAUCUCCUACGAUCGCAUCAUUGAAGGUCAUUACAACGGGGAACAACUGGGCAAACCUAAGAAGAACGAGAGCCUUUGGAGUGUAGCCAGAGGUGUCAUUAGGAUGUUACGGAAAAACUACGGCUACGUCCGUGUGGAUUUUGCACAGCCGUUUUCCUUAAAGGAGUAUUUAGAAAGCCAAAGUCUGAAACCUGUGACGGCUCCACUUUCUCUGGAACAAGCCCUGCUACCAGCUAUACUUCCUUCCAGACCCAACGAUGCUGCCGAUGAAGGUGUCGAUGGGUCCGUGAGUGAGUCCAGAAACGUCGCCGAUGAGUCCUUCCGCAGGAGGCUGAUUGCAAAUCUGGCCGAGCACAUUCUGUUCACUGCUAGCAAGUCCUGUGCCAUCAUGUCCACCCACAUCGUGGCCUGCCUGCUGCUCUACCGACACAGGCAGGGAAUUGAUCUCUCCACGUUGGUGGAAGACUUCUUUGUGAUGAAGGAGGAAGUUCUGGCCCGUGAUUUUGACCUGGGGUUCUCAGGAAAUUCCGAAGACGUCGUCAUGCAUGCCAUCCAGCUGCUGGGAAAUUGUGUCGCCAUCACCCCCACCAGCAGGAACGAUGAGUUCUUUAUCACUCCCAGCACAACUAUCCCCUCCGUCUUUGAGCUCAACUUCUACAGCAACGGCGUCCUCCAUGUUUUUAUCAUGGAGGCCAUCAUAGCCUGCAGUCUUUACGCGGUCCUGAACAAGAGGGGCUCUGGAGGGCCUGUGGGCGUCCCUGCCGGCCUGGUCAGCCAGGAGCAGCUGGUGCGGAAGGCCGCCAGCCUGUGCUACCUGCUCUCCAAUGAGGGCAGCAUCUCUCUCCCCUGCCAGACGUUUUACCAAGUUUGCCAUGAGACAGUGGGAAAGUUCAUCCAGUACGGCAUUCUCACUGUGGCGGAGCAAGAUGAACAGGAAGAUAUCAGUCCCGGUCUUGGUGAGCAACAGUGGGAUAAGAAACUUCCAGAACCUUUGUCAUGGAGAAGUGAUGAAGAAGAUGAAGACAGUGAUUUUGGUGAGGAGCAGCGAGAUUGCUACUUGAAGGUGAGCCAGUCCAAGGAGCACCAGCAGUUCAUCAGCUUCUUACAGAGACUCCUGGGGCCUCUGCUGGAGGCCUACAGCUCUGCCGCCAUCUUUGUUCACAACUUCAGUGGCCCUGUUUCGGAGCCUGAAUACCUGCAAAAGUUGCACAAAUACCUAAUAACCAGAACAGAAAGAAAUGUUGCAGUGUAUGCUGAGAGUGCCACGUUCUGUCUCGUGAAGAAUGCCGUGAAGAUGUUCAAGGACAUCGGGGUUUUCAAAGAGACCAAACAAAAGAGAGUGUCUGUUUUGGAGCUGAGCAGCACGUUUCUACCUCAAGGCAACCGGCAAAAACUCCUAGAGUACAUCCUGAGUUUCGUGGUGCUGUAGGCAGCGCGGCUCCUCUGGCCGGUGAAGGGCACAGCACGAGUUCACGGUAGGCUCCAGCCCCGACUCGAGGACUGCAGAGCUGCGGGCGCCGGCGCGUGGUCAGGCCUGCCCGUCCCACGGUGGCCUCCCGGAAGACAAGUGCCUUCUCCUCCGAGCACCCGCGACCUGCCCCACGCUGGUGCAGCACGGCGGCCUGCAGGUGGCACUUGGCGGCCCUCGGCCUCCACCUGCGACUCCUGCUCAGUAGACGGCUAGAUGAAAUCUCAGUAACUUAUUUCGGAAUUUAUUAAAGAUUUACAUUUUCAUUACAACUUUUAAGGACUAAUUCCUGUGAUGCAUACAGAAAUGUAGUUGUGCUCUAGAACUGAAUUGUGUGUGAGAACUGUGAUGCCGUCGGGUUGUUCCCUGGUACGCUUUCGAGUUGAUGGGUAGUGCUUUCUUUAAACCUCCCCGACUCACCCAGCCCCUCGUCUGGGCUGUGUCGCUAGCAGCUGUGUUUCCAGUGGGGCACCUUUCUUCCCCGAGUGUGCUACGAAGAAUGGGCCGACAUCCCGCACACCCAGGAACCCCCGUGCUGUCCUGUGCCGUCAGAGUUAGGAAGCAGACACUAGUUAGUGGAGGUCAGGAGUCGAGGUGUUGGGCUCAUACAGCGAACAGCGGGAGGUAAAUUUGGCUGGUAGAACUCAAGGUAACCCUGGCCAGAAAAUCGGGAAACUUGGUCAUGAAAAGAAGUGCCAUUUCAUUUUAAAAGACCAGCAAGUAUUUAGAGACUCCAGGUUUAUGUCUGUGUCCCUUCCUGGUCCACGAUGGGGAAUCUGCCCCACAGUUUGUAGCUGUUUGUUGGAGCUCCUGAAACCACAUAGCUGCUGUCCUAAUGUGGUCAGGUUGGCCUGGCCUGUACGCCGCAGACCCAGGGCUCCUUUGGAUGGCACACGGAUUCGACACUGCACCCUAGUCAAGGUUAAGAGCGUCCAGCCAGUUGCGCAGUGUACAACCUGUGCAACAAAUGUGCCGGCCCUACCCAGUGGUAAAUAGUCAGAAGCAUUGAUGGAUUGUUAGCUUCAAGAAGAAAACCAUGGUUCUUUAGAGAUUUAUGUAGGUUGUCUGCCUAAGCCCCGAUGCCACGUAGUGACCAUACUAUGACAGAUUGUUCCUAAUGGGUAGGUGCCUUUUUGUGACAGGGAACAUAAUUGUUAGUUGUGGUAAUUAUGAUGAUUUCUUAAAGAUCAUGUAAUGUUGAAAGUUUUUCUAAGAAUUUAUUGUCCCCUAGCUCCACAGUAUUAUGAAUAUUAUGGAAUCAAGUUUUUUUCCUGAUAAAUGUUGCAUAGAUUCUUUUGAAUUUAAUAUAAAAGUAACAAGAAUUCUGUUUGUACUUUGCUAAGCUUGGAUUUUUGACACUACUAGAAUCUCGUGAAUUUUCUGUGUGUGUUGGGAGAGGGAGGGAGACUGCUUGGUGUUUGGCUUGUGUGAAAUGUCUUGUUCGACACAUGUAGCAGUGGCGCUGUGCUGUGUGGCCCCCUCUUCACUCUUCUCACGGUCUGUGUUUGAAACGCGUUUUCCUUACCGGAACUCAUCAUCAGCUGCGGCUGCUCUCUGGAAUGCGAUGCUCACCUUAACUCGGCCUUCCCCGUUACUCCCGGGUAGAAGAACCCUGGGAGUCUAUUUAUUUAUCCCUCUGGAUGGUCCUUGUCUGGGGAGCCCCUCAUUUCCCUCGUGUCUCUUUUGUCUUCCUCUAGACUGCAAGUCAAGGCUUGUUUACGCGCUCUGAGAGCGGGCUGGAAAGCUGGGGUGGGGACGCCCGCCCCGUGCAGGCCGCGGCCCUGCCUGCCGCUUGGCCAGCCGAGCGGAGCGGCAGCAGCUUUGGCUUGCCCUUCCCCUCGGGCUGAUCUGCUUCCCAGCAACGGAUCGGAUGCUUUGGGGAACGCAGAGUGUGAUUUGCUGGCCGUGUUGCCACUUCACUCACUGUGAGGAUGAAUGCGCAUGCUUCUGGUAAUUAACUGGUGCUUUAAAAACCUUUUCUACGGAAGAAAAAUCUCAACCAAAGUUACGCUCAUCCAGACAAGCUGACCCUUGAGUUAAUUUUAGCACAACUCAUUCUUCAGUGCCUCAUUACUGGAAAAAAAAACUCAUCCCACGAAGGAUUCCAGAUUGUUCUCAUUGUUUCCCAUCAGUGAAUGGCAUCCUUGGAAGGUUAGACAAACUAGGUGCUUGUACCUAAUUUCUUACCGUUUACUCUUGCAUUUCUGUGAAACCGAAAUGCAUGCCCUUCCCGGGAGACUGUGAGUCCGCGUAGACCACACCAACAGCCAUCAGCAAUACGACACUGCACUUGGUUUUGAAAAUGAGACUGUCCUGUGUCACUCAGAAGAGAAGGCAUUUGGCGCUCUCAGGAUGUCAAGGAAAAAGAAAGGCAAAAACCGAUGUGAGGUGCCGGGAACGAAGAACCAGGAACGCACUGUCUUCCUUCUCAGAGCUACGCAAGUGACGGGGGAGGGAAGAAACGCCGUACAUCUGAGCCCGCACCGGCGGGAGCUCUGACUGGAACCUUCGGCAGCCGGGAUGGCAGAGCUGCUCCCACAGUGCUCUGGGUAGUCCGGUGCUCUGCAAUGCUCGCUGCUUCCUUGUCAGGGAACUCCGUUUGCCUGUGGAAGGACCCAGUGCACUGGGCAGUGAGGCCCAGCGUCCUGCAGAAAAGCCUGUUUGACCCAGCAUCCCCCACACUGCAGACACUAGUAUCCUUUUUCCCUGGGGGCACCCCUGGGGCUCUCACUGGGGUCUCCCGGAGGCCACUCUGGGCGACCCUACACGUGGUGGUUGUCUGAGAAGACAGCAGCGGCAGCGGGCGCCGAGGCAGGGCUUGCGUGCGUGCUGGGGCGCCCAGUGCUGCACUGGACGGGUGGCUGUUCCCCUCCUGGGCAGCACGAGUGCAGAAGACUGUACUGGAGGUGGUCGGGGCUCUUUCUUUGAUGGAAGGGCCAGUCACCCGUGAUCCUGGCCUUUUUGCUGAAAGUAGCAGAAUUAAUACAAGGAUUAAUUGGGGUAUGUAAUUAGGGUUUUCAUUCAGAUCUAGAGGAAAAUGUUGGUUGAUUGAAUGCAGAUUUUUAGCCACAGAUAGUUCUCACACUUAGAAAUCUGCCCUAUCAUUGACACUUACAAGACUUACUAUGGGAUGUCAACCUGUUUUUUAAAACACUCUUUUUAGGGACCUGAGAGUUGGCCUCUGCACAGUCAUUUAACACAGACGAGUGAUUGCAUUUGAGAGGGGCUUGACUUCAUCUAAACAGCUGGAGUUCUGAAAUGUCAUGGUGGGAGGGGUGAAAGCGCUCGCCUGUUACGAAGCAAUGUGAACUUGUAAAAAGAAUUACUCUAAAGUACUGUAAAAUAACACUGCGUGAUUUUGUGAGCAAAACUUUCUUGGAAGUGCCGGUUGAUUUUUAUGCCUGAUAAUGUAUUGUGAGAAGCACAGAACUGUAGUUAUGUUUUAAUAAACCAGAAAGUGAACAGA